CUUGAAUGAUAAAUACAAUGUCUAAGUUCAAGUAUUUAGCUUGCAUUAUUUUGCUAUUGCUUUCAUCUGCAUUACUCGAGGCUCGCCCCAUAAGGUCUAUUAGGAUUGCCAGGGAAGCGUUGGAGGAACAAUUCGAAAGAGAGAAGGCGAAAUAUGGCUCACACGAGUGGCCUCAGCGAGUGAGUCCAGGAGGACCUGACCCUCAUCACCAUUUUAAACACAUCUAAUCAGAAAGUUAAUAGUCUUGCCAAGACUGAGUAAGAACUAGGGAAGUAGAAAUCAAGAUUAAUC